GUCACCCGAACCACUCCCUCGUUCUCCUCCCAUUCCUCCCACUCUCUUAUCCACACUACACAACAUCAGAUGCCAGCGUUGGGCAGGCGGGGACGGCGGCGAAGGCCUCCGGCGGUCGGAGCAGGUCGCCGGGCGUGAGGAUGGUGAGCGGCAUGGCUAGGCUCCAGCGAUCGCGGGCAUCUCCUCCACCGCAUCCCCACCAUGGACGGCCGGCCCCGAACUCCUUCGACGCCGCAUCCCUGCCAUGGACGGUCGGCCCCGAACUCCUUCGACGCCGCAGCUAUGGCGUCGUAUGCGAGGUCGGCGUGUGGGGUGGGGGGUCUCGGCGAGCUCCGCCGCCAUCUGCCACCGCCGCCGUCCCCGCCAACCCGCACGGCAGGAUCCCGAUCCCCGCUCUUAUUCCGCGUCUGUCGUCAAGGAGGAGCAGCGCCGGACGCUGGAAGGUCCAGUAGCCGGGGCUGCGGAGGAGCCGCGCCGGCCGCCGGGAGGUCCAGUAGUCGAGGCUGCGGAGGAGCCGCGCAGAGCGCCGGGAGGUCCAGACUAGAAGCCAUAGCCGCUGGGCAAAAAGAACCGGAGGGAGUACCUACAACCUUCCUUUCUUUCCUCAUUUAUUGUAUGACACAUCAUCAAGAAUUUUAUGUGGCAAAAUCUAACAACAAUUAUCUUACAACCAUUAGAGAUGCCUUAAAGGCAUCUCCAACAACUGUAAAUUUGGUGUUGGUAAAUUUCCCACCUAGGACAUAAUGAUGAUGUGGCAUGUAAUAAAUAUGGAGAGAGAGCAAAGUUGUAUGUAAAUAACCAAUAAUCUUUGCACAAGCUCCAAGAUGCAAUAGAGAACAAUCACAUUUAUUUUCUCAUCAUCUAUUGGAUUGCUUAGAUACAGCCUAUUGGAGUGGUUGUAUGAUAACUUAUUGGUUGAUGAUGUGAACAUUUUACCAACAAGACUAACAUACUAGAAGGUGUAUCGGUGCUAAAGAUGCCACAUAGACAAAAAAAAUGUGACACAGCAAUAAAAGAAGAGAGAGGGCAUUUAUAGUGACCCCAAAAGGAAACGAUACUAAACACGUGGACCUAUGCAAAAUGACUAUUAACUAAUGCAUUAAAAGAGGCCUUAAAAGGAAGUGGAUUUUUUGGCAUAAAAGGCAAUAAUACCUCCGUUUCAGUUUCCAAGUCCUACGCGUAUACCUAGAUUACCAAUUUUAUCAUCUUAUAUAACAUAAAAAUUAUACGGUUUGAAAAUAGAACAUCUGAAGUUUAUAUUGUUAUAUUUUUUGUAAUAUAUGACUUGUAUUAGGUUGGUCAAAUUGACGACCUAGGGGCAAGCGCAUGCCCUCUAACUGAGAGAGAGGUAGUACUAGAUUUUACUGGAUUUUAUUUUGACUUGUCCAGGCUGUGCAGCGUAUGUGCAAGAACGGCGAACCACAUUCAUUCCUGGGCGCGUGCACACAUGGGAACUGGACCGUGGUGCGUAGCAGCCGGACGGACGGACCGGAAAUGGGCAAGGCAGGCCGAUCUUAUCCAUUGGCCUAUCUCGGACAAGGAGAAAGGCAAAGAUGGAUGGGGGUAUGGUCGGGAUGUGACAGUCGGAUGGGCCCACGUUAUCCCCUCCUCUGGGCCUGGGGCCUGGCUUCCGUGGCGCGCAAUCGUACUGGUGCCGCGCUGGCCACAGCUAAUCUCAGUACAGUGGCCAGGACAAAAUUCCUGUUCUGACCUUUUCUACAAACUUAAUCACGAAUUGAUCUUGUUCUGAAAAGAUUUUUGUAUCUAACCUUUUUUGGUCACGCCAACAUCUUUGGCGUCUGGUUUGUAUAGCAGACGUCAGGAUGCAUGGCGUUUGGACCUGGCCCACACUUGCCUAGUUGGCGCUUAUGUGGCGACAUAGAGACGCCAUCCAUCUUGGCGUUUGGGGCAAACGCCAUAGCUCUUGGCGUUUGGU